AUGAAGGAUCUAGGGGAGCUAAAAUAUUUCCUUGGCAUUGAGUUCUCAAGGUUUGAGAAAGGUAUCCUAAUGUGUCAAAGGAAAUAUGCCCUAGAAUUGGUAUCCGAACUUGUCUUAGCAGGAGGAAAACCAGCCUCUACACAUCUUGAGUUUAAUCAAAAACUCACCUUUGUUAAAUUUGAUCAAAUAGUAAAAGAUAGUGACUCUGAAGAUGUGCAACUUAAAGAGAAAGGAAAUUAUCAAAGGCUAGUUGGGAGGCUUUCGUACCUAAUAAUGACAAGGCCAGAUAUAGCCUUUGUUAUUCAGGUACUCAGCCAGUAUAUGCAUGCACCUAAGACUUUUCACAUGAAAGUUGCUAGAAGAGUCGUGAAAUACAUCAAGUCUACACCUGGACUUGGUUUGUUCAUGCCAACUGGAAGCUGCAAUAAACUAAUAGUCUAUUGUGAUUCGGAUUGGGGAGCUUGUGUUGAGUCUAGGAGGUCAAUCAUAGGGUAUGUGGUUAAAUUUGGAGAUGUAGUGAUUUUCUGGAAGUUAAAGAAACAAGGGACAAUAUCUAGAAGCUCAACUGAGGCAGAGUUCAGAAGCAUGACAACCACAGUAGCUGAAAUUAUGUGGUUGUUUGGACUUUUCAAGGAGUUAUUAGGAGUGGAUAUUGCUCUGCAUGUGCCUCUACACUAUGACAGCAAGGCAGCAAUCCAGAUUGCUGCAUAUUUAUUUUUUCCUAAACGGACUAAACACAUAGAUAUUGACUGUCAUUUUGUAAGAGAAAAACUUGUACAAGGUCUUAUUCAAACUCAGCAUGUUGGUACAACAGAAUAG